GUAGGGCCCAUUGUGAAACUCACGCUUACAAAUUACACUUGCUUCGUGUGCUACAUGCCAAACAAAAGCUUCUUAUAGUAAGUAUGCGAAAGAGUAACAGGGUAAAAGUGAUAAAUAAUAAAAGCAUGUUUCUAUUAUUACAAUUUGAAGACGGGAUAUAUUAUAUAUGUGGAAAAUCGCGCAUAACCUCUAGACAUGGAGACACGUGCUGCGCAAAAUACACCGAUGGCGGUCGAUAUCCAGCCAAAAUACUGACUGAGAGUGAUGAUUAUGAAUAUCUUACACAUCUUAAAAAAGAAAAAGAAGAAAAAUUGAAUACAGUGCAUUCCCCCAUUACUAUAGCCUCACACAAUGCUAAUGCUAUUAACAAUACCUUAACUGGCAUUGGAAAAAACUCGAACGUGACAUUCACUGUACAUCAACACGACCCAGAUUUGGAAAGUGGAACGAAUAAUAUAUUAGCAGAAAUUGAUCUUAACAAUAAUCAUGCAGAAAAAACGGGUUUGCAAGAUUUUUUAAAUUUUCUCACGUUAUCACACGAGGCGUCAAUUAACAUAGCUCUAGGUGACUCUAACGAUAUAACUCAUAUUUCAGAAACCGAUACUGAUAACACUUUUACUAAUCUUUCUUAUUGUACUUUGAAUGAUGUGAGUGUCUCAUAUUUUGAAAGGCUGUUAGGAAAUUCGAUUGCGAACGAUUCAUUGCUGACGAUUGGUAAUGAUUCUAACAAAAGUUUUGACGUUAACGCUCAAGUCUCAAAUACGGUCAUCUUAAAUAAUUCAACUGAAUCUAACUUCGAUUUAGAAAAUGUUGGAGGUAAUUCUAAUUUAGCUGCAAAUAGUACGCCAGUACAAGAAAGAGCCGUAACUUUCGAAGAAAUACCUAUAGGUGGUACGUAUAAUUCAAAUACGGUCAUUUUAAAUAAUACAAGUGAAUCUAACUUCGAUUUGAAAAAUGUUGAUGGUAAUUCUAAUUUAGCUGCAACUAGUACGCCAGUACAAGAAAGAGCCGUAACUUUCGAAGAAAUACCUAUAGGUGCUGCAACUAGUACGCCAGUACAAGAAAGAGCCGUAACUUUCGAAGAAAUACCUAUAGGUGGUGCGGAAGUGAGUAGCGAAAGUGCAUCAGAAUAUCAGCCAUCAGAGUCAAAUAUCUCCAUAGGCAAUACAUCAGAAGAGGACAAUGAUUCUGAAAAUAAGGAGCAAAGAAUUGAAGAAAAACAAAACGAAACUUCGUCGAGAAAUUCAUGUCUCGAUAUUUCCUCAAAAGGAAACACACCUGAAAGAUACAUACGUGACGAUGCAGACAUGUUUGUUGACAUAUCAGACGGUAAAAGAGGUCUAUCAAAAAAAACUUUUUGCAUGUAUUGCAAAAAAUUGCAAAGCAAAUUCGCUCGUCAUCUUGAAAACGUUCAUAACGAUAUAGAAGAUGUAAAACGAUUUUCUGUCUUGCCAAAGAAAAAUCCUGAGAGAAAAAAGAUCAUUGAUACAAUAAGGAAAAAUUGUAAUUUUUAUUUCAAUACUAAUAACAACGUAAAUGAUGGAGAAUUACUUGUCUGCAGAAGGCCUAACUCUAAAUUGAAGAAAACUGCUGGCGAUUUUCGAGUAUGCCAAAAUUGUAAAGGGUUUUUCUCUAGUAAUAAUAUUAGGCAUCAUGCUCAACGUUGUUUUGGAUAUAAUGGAAAAAAGACCCGAUCUCUUAUGAUAAUGGGUCGUAAAAUAGUUGGGCGUAUCCAUCCUGAAGCAUCCAAGUGCUUAAGAAGAGAAGUCUUUCCUAUUUUACGCGAGGAUGCAAUAGUACGUCUUAUACGGUACGAUAGGUUGAUCAUAUUGUAUGGAAACAAAAUGUGCUGCAAAUACCGAUUACAACAUCAGCAUGAAAUGAUUAGGGCCAAUUUAAGACUAUUAGGACGCUUUUUGGCUGCGUUAAAGGAUAUUGACAAUGAUAUCACCGAAUUUACCACUCUGUAUGAUCCCAAAUUUUAUGAUGCCGUCAUUAUGGCAAUAAAUAUUGUCGCUGGAUUUGACGAAAAUACAAAUACAUACAGAGCACCAUCGACAGCUUAUAAUUUAGGGUCGCUAAUUAAAAAAAUUGGCAAUUUGCUGGUAACCGACUGUAUCAAGCGGCAUGAUGUUACGCAAAAAACAAAUGCGGAAGAUUUUUUGAAACUUCUUGUAGAGGAUAUAUGCCAUACUGUUAACAAGACUGUUACAGAGACACAGACUCAACAGAAACGACGGAAGAAGGUUGAACUUCCAUCUUUCAAGGAUAUCAAAAAAUUAUUCGCGUAUUUAAAGGAGAAAAGAAAUUCAGCUUAUCAAAGCUUGGAGAAAGAAUUUACUCUUGAGGCAUGGUUUAUGCUAGCACAAACUACACUUACAUCAGUUCAAGUUUUUAAUCGCCGUCGAGCUGGUGAAAUAGAAAGAAUGUUUAUUGAAGACUUUCAAAGCUACGAGCGUAUCAAUGCCAAGUUAUUGAAAAAUUUAUCUAGUGAUUCUCAAACAGCUGCAAAGAAAUAUGUACGCUUUGUAAUCCGAGGAAAACUUAAUAGGACUGUGCCUGUUUUAUUAUCGAUGGAGUUACUGAAUUGCAUUGAAAUGAUAUUAAAGUAUCGGGACGAAGCUGGAGUCCCUUCUAAAAAUCGUUUUGUGUUCGGUAUUCCUGCAGUUGAAAAAAAAAGAAACAAGUAUCUACGGGCCUGUUAUUUAUUGCGCAAAUUUGCCAAGGAUUCAGGUGUUGAUUUUCCAGCUAAAUUAACUGGAACCACAUUAAGAAAACAUGUUGCAACAAACUGCAUUAAUCUAAACUUAUCUGAGAAUGAAAUAAACGAUGUAGCAAAUUUUAUGGGACAUGCAGAUAAGAUUCACCGAGAACACUACCGACAGCCUAUAGUGAGCCGUGAAAUUUUGAGAAUAUCUAAAGUUUUGGAAUUGGCACAAGGAAGUAAUGAAAACGAGCAGGAGACGGAUGAUUCUGCAGAUAGCGAGGACGAAGAAGAUCAUCUGAAUGUAGAAAAUAAUGAACAUUUGCGUGAUCGUGAAGAAGAAAUACCAAAACAACUACAGAAUCGUAACCCAAAGAGGGUACCAAAGUCUACUUCGAUACAGGUACGUGAUGAUUCUGAUGACGAGGAAAUCUUUGAAAAUUUAUUAAACGCCGCAGGAAAUAUAUCUCGUAAAAGAAAAGCACUUGGCGAAAGUAUAAAGCCAAAGAAGGAUAAAAGACGAUCAACUUCACCCUUUGGUACAGUCAAGAGCAAGAAACGAUGGACUGAUGAAGAGAAGAAUGUUGCUAUGAAACUGUUCAGCACUAAUAUAAAGACUCAAACUUAUCCCUCGCUUAAGACUAUCCAAACUCUAUCUAAUCAAUAUACGUGCUUCAAAGAACGUUCUCCAACAGUUAUUAAAACGUGGAUCUCAAACGAAAUAAAAAAGAAGCAACGUAGAAAUAGUAUUCAAACAGAUUUAUUCAAGGGCUAACAAGAGAUGUAAUAGAUAUAUGUGAUAUCUAAAAUUUAAUACAAAAAAAACAAGUUAUAUGUAUAAUGGUAAAUUUAAG